GUCAGCUGUGUUACAGCCCGUCUCCUCUUACAGACCGGACAGCACCAGGAACAGGAAACUAGUAGAUUACACUGACACGUGGAAAAACAGAUUCUCGGUGGUGUGGAAGGGAGAAACCUUAAUCCCUCCCCUUCAUCCUGCAAAGUACGGGUCUGACUCUAGCACAUAGCAGGACGUGGGGCCGGCCUGGAGGAGUAAAGAUCCCCAGCAGCAGGGAGUCAGACUGUCUGCAUGCCUGUGUAAAAUGUCUCAGUUUGCCAGCCUGGUUUAGGCAAGUCCCCAUCUGUUACUGAAUGGCCUCUGUUGGGGGCAAACAUGUGUACAGGAGUGACUUGGUGCGCCUACUGCAACAAGAUGAUAACCUACAGCCCCAACUCAAGACCCCCCAACAUGUGGAUCGAAUGAAGAGGAGUGGUGACCCUUACUGGUCCAGAUUGGAUUCCCGUGUCUGGAUAGUGACACUCCUGGUGGGAACAUGUCUCUUGUAUUGUGCCCGCGCCAGUAUGCCGAUCUGUGCCAUGUCAUUGAGCGAACACUUUGGCUGGGACAAGAGGGACUCUGGAAUCGUCCUGAGCAGUUUCUUUUGGGGGUAUUGCUUGACACAGGUAAUCGGUGGACAUCUGAGUGACAAGGUGGGUGGAGAGAAGGUUCUUCUCCUGUCAGCUCUGUCAUGGGGUUUUAUCACAGCAGUGACCCCUCUGGCUGCCCACAUAACCACAGCCCCCCUCCUCCUGAUCAGUCUUCUGCGCUUCCUGAUGGGACUUCUGCAAGGUGUACACUUUCCUGCUUUGGCCAGUCUGUUUUCCCAGCGUGUACGUGACAACGAGCGAGCGUUCACAUGUAGCGUUGUCGGAUGUGGAUCUCAGCUUGGGACAUUGCUGAUUGGAGGGGUUGGUUCUCUAUUGCUGGAGUGGUAUGGGUGGGAGACUGUAUUCUAUUUUGCUGGAUCUCUUACUCUGGUCUGGGGAUACUGUUUGAGCACUUACCUACUAAAGGAGAGAGAAAGAAUCUUGACUUUUGAAGAUCUGGGAAAAGGUUUCUCACUCUCUGCCCAGACCAAUGUGCCCUGGAAACGGUUAUUUAGGAAGGCUCCUGUGUGGGCAGUGAUUAUCGCCCAGCUUAGUGUUGCCAGCACAGCAUUCACCCUCUUCUCCUGGCUGCCAACAUAUUUUAAAGAAAAAUUCCCAGAUGCCAAGGGAUGGGUAUUUAAUGUCGUGCCAUGGUUUGUAGCUAUCCCUGCAGCCAUCAUGAGUGGGUUACUGUCUGACUACCUCAUCACACAAGGAUAUAAAGCAGUCUGGGUCAGGAAGCUCAUGCAGGUUUUUGGCAUGGGGCUCUCCAGCAUUUUUGUCCUUUGCCUUGGUCACACAACUAGUUAUUGCCAAGCUAUUACUUUUGCCUCCGUGUCAGUGGGGCUGCAAACUUUCAACCAUAGUGGUAUAACGGUCAAUGUUCAGGACCUCGCUCCUUCCUGUGCUGGCUUCCUUUUUGGUGUGGCUAACACAGGAGGUGCUUUACUUGGUGUCGUUUGGGUCUAUCUGUCUGGUUACCUCAUUGAAACCACAGGUUCCUGGGCCCCUAUGUUCCACCUGGUGGUCGCUGUGAAUGUGUUGGGUUUACUUGUGUUCCUGGAGUUUGCAAAGUCUGAAAGAAUGGACGUGGAUAUGAUUCACAUCUAGCUGGGAGAGAGAGUGUAUUCAGCGUUUCCAAGUGUAAGACCUGGGGAGAGGUGGCACUUUGGACCAGAACUGAGAUUAUGUUUUUCUACUUGCCCUCUAAUACAUCUUACAGGGCACACAGAGACUGAAGUUGCUGGGCAUCUCCUGCCAGAGGUACAUGGCACUUACAGUUGCUAAACUGAUCAAGGGAAAAGAUAAAGCAGUGACCACUGUACUUUCUGUAUUAAGAGACCUAGAAAUUAAACCAAAAUCUGGUAUAAGGUACACAGGAGUCAAUUCAAGAAGCAGUGAAAAGUGUGGAGAAGUGAGACCGUGGAGAAGUUGCCCAUGGCAACCUAUCAGCAUUGAAGUAACAUUUAUAAUUUGCGUACUAUAAAAUUAUACAGUGGCUCACUUUCCUACACUUUUCGCUGCUUCAUGAAUAGACCCCAUAGUGGAGACGGUGGAGGAGAUGUACUAAGCCUUGAAAAGUGAUACUUUUUCACCAUGAAAUGUAUAAGCCAAUCGGCUCCUAACUGCCAUGUUACAGGCUGGGUUUGAAAAAUAACAGGAGCUGGUUGGUUAAUACUUUAUCACUGUGAAAUGUAUCCGUUUUCAAGACUUGGUACAUCUUGCCUUCUAGAGAAUGCUAUAUACAUUUCUAGGGGUUUGCAGUGGAAAACAGAGUUUGCACCGCAGCUUUUUUUUGUUGUUAAGAUCUUAAUUUAUUCAAUAUUGUAGAGGAACUCCUGACCAGUCACCAAUAUAUCAUAUCAACCUUACCAUCCCAAUUGUGUACAUUUUAAUUUUGAUGUGUUUGUAUACCAUAUACAUACAACAAUAUGCAUAUACAUUACAGAAAAUACUUGAGCAGUAAAUAAUACAUAAAUGCAACUUGACAACCAAUUCUUCCCCAGCACAUUCCAUAAUAUGUGUUUAAUGUCAGUCAUACUCUGAAAAUCUUAAUAAAUCUUAUUGAGUUUUUACCA